AUGGACUACUGUACUAAGCGGGUCCUGAACGAUCAAGCGUCAAGUCGUGCCCACGAACGUGGAACCCUUGGCUCACGUUACGACGCUCCCAAACGGGUCAAGACCAACGGCGGAGAAAUCAAAACGGAGGGGCUCGAGACCAAGGUGCUUGGGAGCCGACAAGAGAAGAGCACUACGGAUGGCUUGCCGGCUAUCUAUCGCUACUACGAGGCCCCUCGAAAGCGCGUCGUCGGUAACCCGGCCGAUGACAUACCGGCCUUCUUACGGAGCGAACUUUCUCUCGGCGGCCUGGCCGACAUGCUGAAGCAUCUAUGGCUUGCUGGUGCAGAGCGUCCUGCCACCCCGCUGCACUUUCAUGCCGCCAUGGGCCGGGAGAUCGCCAUCGCCGACCGGAUGGACCUGCACCUGCUCUGGGCCGACAAAGGGAGACUCUUCGUCAAGCCCGUCCCGCGCUUUCUUCUUGAUCUGGCCCUUUGUCGCAGCAACCUACGGUGUCCUGAUGGCUGUGCGUGUUGCAGCCCUCUGGCAGACACGUGCCGGGGGAUCGCGCGGAAAGUCGCCUUGGGUUUCCUCUACACGUACGCCUGUCUUGUCUCGUCCGAAAGCGACUUCCACGUCGCCAACGAAAAGCGCCUCCUGCCUCGCAAUGAAGACGGCACGCCAAUCGAAUGGGCAGACUGGAAGACCUUGGCCAGGGAACUCCUCAGAAUGCACGAGCGUGACCCAGAUGUGAUCCACCCACGCUUUCUGCGCGCCGAGCUCCGCCUCUCUCGCGUCAACAUGAUCCAUCGCUUCACCCGCCUCCCUCCCUUCCGUCCCUACCUCCGCGGCCGGCACAACUAUAGCAGCCUCUUCCGCGAUAACCUUGCCUGGUUGGCCGCUGCCGCCGUCUUCGUGGCCCUGGUGCUUACCGCGAUGCAGGUUGGCCUCGCCACGGAGCGGCUCCAAAGAAACGCCACAUUCCAGCAGGCGUCGUACGGCUUCACUGUCUUUGCCAUCCUAGGACCUAUCUGCGCGUUCGGCCUGGUAGCCCUAGGCGCGCUGUUCAACCUCGCCAAUGACCUACCGCCGCUCAUCCGAGGACAGCGCAACCGCACAUCCGAGGACAGCGCAACCGCACAUCCGAGGACAGCGCAACCGCACAGGCGCGAGAUCCCGUGGUGA